AUGGAGGCAAUCGUCGCAGAGUUCCAAAAGCUCCAGAACACAUUCCAGACCACGGUCGAGGCAAGGCAGCGGCUCGACUCGCAGCUGUCAGAGAACCUCCAAGUGAAAAAGGAGUUCGACUCGCUAUCGUCGUCAAACCAGAUCUACAAGCUCAUUGGUCCUGUGCUGGUCAAGCAGGACCAGACAGAGGCAAAGAGCAACGUCGACAAGCGCAUCGAGUUUAUCAAGUCCGAAAUCGAGCGGGUCGAGAAGCAGCUGCAGGACCUCAACGACAAGAUGGAGAAGAAGAAGGUCGAGAUCGUUGCACUGCAGACGAAAGCACAAGAAGCCCAGGCUGGCUCCGGUCCUGCGAUUGCGGCAUAG